UCUUGAAAGUGUCAUGUGCUGGAUCUUUUGGUUCACUGCUCCAUUUUCAAAAUGACAUUGAAACCGCCAGUGACGUUAACAUGAAAAUGGUUCCGUGUCUCUCUCGCAGGGUGACCAACGUUUUCUACGAGCAGUACCUGACGAUCGUACCAGAGGGCCUCUUCAACAUCUCACUGUGUCUGCUGCCAACAUUUGUUGUGUGCUGUCUGCUUCUGGGCCUGGACCUGCGCUCCGGUCUACUCAACCUCAUCACCAUCAUUAUGAUCACUGUGGACACUGUUGGGGUCAUGACACUCUGGGGAAUCCAUUACAAUGCCGUGGCCCUCAUUAACCUGGUUACAGCAGUGGGCAUUUCUGUGGAAUUUGUGUCCCACAUGACGAGAUCGUUUGCUCUCAGCAUAAAGCCCACACAUGUGGAGCGAGCCAAAGAGGCCACCGCCAACAUGGGCAGUGCAGUGUUCGCUGGUGUUGCGAUGACCAACCUGCCCGGCAUCCUUGUUUUGGCCUUUGCCAAAGCGCAGCUUAUCCAGAUCUUCUUCUUCCGCCUCAAUCUGGUCAUCACACUUCUGGGGAUGGCUCAUGGACUCAUCUUCCUCCCUGUGGUGCUUAGUUACUUUGGGCCCGGUGUGAAUAAAGCCAUGCUGGUGCAGAUGCAGCAAGCAGAGGCAAAGACCCGCCAGGAAUUGGAGCUGACAAACAACAUGAGACAAUUCUAUGAUAACAUGAGCUAUGAAGACGAUGAGGCAAAGGAGGAGCCACACGCCAAUGCUACAAAGGCUACUGUGUACGCCGAAGGCCCACCACCGAGUGUGAAACACAAACAGGAAGUGAAAAUUGACCAUUUUUGAGCUC